UAUGGUGUGCUCCAAGUAGAAACCUUGACAACAGAUUAACACUUCAUAAUUAUACUACUCCAUGUAAUCUCUUACUUACUGGCUUGCCAGGAGCGUGUAACAGAAGACUGGCAAUGGCUCUGAUGUACACAGGGGUCAAGAUGAGAUCUGCAACUUCGGCUGCCUCCACAGGCUCUGAUACCAGUCUCAGGGAAUCUCCUGCACAAAGUCCACAGCAAGGAGGGGAUCUACCGGGAACCUCCCGCUCAUCUCGCAGUAUAGCCCAGAGUGAAGGGAGGAGCAACGCCAGCAAUCUGAGCAGCAGAUCACCUCACAUGACAUCUGAAACUACAAGACGCAGUGCUAUCCCUAUGGAUGAAGAGUCCGGUAGUGUUGGCCGUCCAUCACCAGUUCCCUCCAUUGAUGAUGAACAGAAAGCUAUGGUACGAGAGUGUCUAGCCACAAUAGAGGCAGGACUUGUCAAUUCUGGAGUUCAUUUGAAUGCCGAGAGGGUGCUAUCGUAUGUUGAGACUAUCACUCGAAAAGAUGACACUGUAGGCGAGGGAGAGUCUCUCUUGAAGACUAGCGGCAUAUACAUUGUGCAAGAUGGAGUGCUGGACAUGUGUGCUGCUGAUGGGGAGACUGUCACUCAGAGGUUAGAGGCUGGGGACUUCUUUGGGGAGCUCUCAGUCUUGUUUAGGGUGCCUUCAAACAGAGGGGUCGAAGUGGUCAGCAGGAAGGUGACCCUGCUCCUCAUACCUGCUGAUGUUAUACGAGAGUAUGCCAGUGUUGAGACAGGUGCUCAAGGGUUCAGCAAAGAGGUCAUGCUCAACUGGUGUGUCAAAAGGUCAUAUCUAGAGUCAAGUGAGAUAUUUGGACAAAGAGUUUUGGCACGUAACGUUGUUCUCAGCUGCUUGAAGGAAUCUAUCUUGUCUGACUUAUCCCUAGAAGCAAUGGAAUUUAUUGCUGAGUUAGCCAUUCCUAUGCUGUUUGAUCCUGGUGAUGUGAUCUACAGUGCUGGAGAAGAGGCUAAUUACCUCUUCCUCAUUCUGAAGGGACGAGUUCACAUUUUGAAAGGGGAGAAUAUUGUGGAGACCAAAACAGUGGGAUGCUCUGAUGAAGGGUGUUGUUUGGGUCAUCUAGAGUUCUUUAACAGUGUGAAGCUCAGUUAUUCAGCCAAAGCUGCCGGUCCUGUGAUCGUGGCCAUGGUGAGCAAGGAGGUCCUCUUGGAAAUGCUCAAUACGUUUCAGGAAGAACUUCGUGCACUACAAGUUCUGCUGUCCAGGUACAAGAUAAGGAAAUAACUUUAUCUCUUUUAGUAUCAUCCUACCCAAUCAUGAACAUGUAUACAUACAUAUGUGUUUCACUUUCUCUCUUGUGCUUAUC